GUAGAAUUUCUUGUCGACGUGUGUGAAGGGAGGAACACAAACAAAUGUCCACGGGUUCGGUUUUAGGCUACGACAUGUCCGGCUGGUUUGCUGGAUAAUUUCGCGACAUUUGAAACAUGUGGCUCAAGCCUGAAGAGAUACUUUUGAAAAAUGCCUUUAAGUUGUGGGUCACCGAGCGGGAUAAUGAAUAUUUCGUCCUGCAAAGGAGACGAGGCUACGGUGAAGGCGGAGGCGGCUUGACAGGCCUCCUUGUGGGAACUCUGGACACUGUGUUGGAUUCCACAUCUAAAGUUGCACCCUUCCGCAUUCUACACCACACACGAGAUUCACAGGUUUAUUGGUCAAUAGCAUGCGGCGUGACCAAGGAAGAGAUUGUUCAGCACUGGGAGUGGCUGCAGCAAAACAUCAUGAGGACGCUGUCUGUUUUUGAUUCCAGUGAAGACAUCACCAGCUUUGUACAGGGCAAGAUUAGAGGCCUUAUUGCUGAGGAAGGGAAAACCUCCCUGGUAUUGGAAGAUGAUCCCGAGAAGUUCAGAGAAGCACAUCUAAGGUUUGAGAAGUGGUUUGAGUUGCCGCAAGAGGAAAAGCUGGUCACCUAUUACUCAUGCAGUUACUGGAAAGGCAAAGUGCCGUGCCAGGGCUGGCUCUACCUCAGCACCAACUUCCUCAGCUUCUAUUCGUACCUGCUGGGAGCUGAGGUGAAGCUGAUCAUCUCAUGGGAUGAGAUGUGGAGGCUGGAGAAAACUUCCAAUGUUCUUCUGACUGAGAGCAUCCACAUCCUGGCUCAUGGUGAGGAUCACUACUUCUCCAUGCUUCUGCACCUUAAUGAGACAUUCAUCAUCAUGGAACAGCUGGCCAGCUACUCCAUUAAGCGCCUUUUUGACAAAGAGGCCUUCCAAAGAGAACCAGCACUCGCUGACCCCCUGCAAAUCACCAAGAGAGGCCUGGAGGCUCAUGCGAAGAGUGAGCAAUUCCGAGCAUUUUUUAGACUUCCCAAAGAGGAAAACCUAUUGGAGGUCCAUGAGAGCUUCCUUUGGGUGCCCUUUAGCCACUUUAAUACGCUUGGAAAAAUAUGUCUCUCUGAGAACUACCUGUGUUUUGCCAGUCAGGAUGGCAGCCAGUGUCAUGUCAUCAUUCCCAUGCGAGAGGUUGUAAAUGUUGAAAAGCCAGACUCCAGCAGCAGGGCUUCUCGGUGUGUGGUGCGUGGAAGGAGGGCAUUACGUUUCUCUGAGAUUCGGGAAUACCAACGCUUGCAAACAAUCCGUGGCAGGUGUGGGAUUAGUGCAAGUCCUCAGCACUCUGCUUCAUCAGAGUCACUCAUCAACCACUUUGAGGACAAUCCAGAAGACGUAACACUAAUGGUUGGGCAGAAAGGCAGCAGCAAGGCUGUAAGCACUGAGGCUCUUAUGACUGUUUUCCACCCUCACGAUCUUGAAAACCUUGAUCCCAAAAUGCUUAAAGAAAAGAUGAAGGAGCAGUCAUGGGAUAUCCAUUUCUCAGAAUAUGGACGAGGCACAAGUAUGUUCUUCACCAGGAAGACGCAAGACUUGAUUGUCCGAGGUGUUCCCGAGGCCUUGAGAGGAGAGCUGUGGAUGCUUUUUUCAGGAGCUGUGAACGACAUGGCCACUCACCCCGGCUAUUACACCGAGUUGGUUGAACAAUCUCUUGGCACGAGCACUUUGGCUACGGAUGAGAUUGAGAGAGACCUCCAUCGCUCUUUGCCAGAGCACCCCGCGUUUCAGAGUGACACAGGAAUCUCUGCUCUGCGCAGAGUCCUUACAGCCUACGCUUAUAGGAACCCAAAAUUGGCUACUGCAGAAUGUUCCAAACAGGCCAUGAAUAUUCUCACAUCUGUUCUCCUGCUUUAUGCUAAAGAAGAGGAGGCUUUCUGGCUGUUGGUUGCCGUCUGUGAGAGAAUGCUACCCGAUUACUUUAACAGACGAAUUAUAGGUGCUUUAGUUGACCAAGCAGUGUUUGAGGAGCUGAUUCGGGAAAACCUCCCUCAGCUGGUGGAGCACAUGACCGACCUGAGUUUCUUCUCAUCUGUGUCCUUGUCCUGGUUUCUCACCCUCUUCAUCAGCAUCCUACCCAUAGAGAGCGCUGUGAAUGUGGUCGACUGUUUUUUCUACGAUGGCAUCAAAGCCAUUUUGCAGCUUGGUCUUGCUGUGCUGGAUUACAACAUGGAGGCUCUGAUAAGCUGCCACGACGACGCCGAGGCUGUCACCAUCCUCAGCAAAUUCUUUGACAGUGUAACAAACAAAGACAGUCCACUGCCUCCAACAGUGCAGCAAGCUUCGACGGGCAGUAAUGACAAAUCAUCCCACUGCAGCGUGGACAUCAGUGAAUUAAUCAGAGAGGCUUAUGAGAAAUAUGGAAUUAUCCGUUCUGAGGAAGUUGAGAAUUUAAGGAGAAGAAACAAAUUAUUUGUGAUCCAGACGCUAGAAGAUACAACCAAACAAAAUGUUGUGCGGGUGGUGUCCCAAGACGUGAGGUUCAGUGCCUCACAACUUGAUGAGCUUUACAAUUUGUUCAAAAGGCAGCAUUUCAUCAGCUGCUAUUGGACCAUAAACAGCCCAGCCCUCCUCCAUCAUGACCCCAGCCUGGCCUAUUUAGAGCAGUACCAGCUGGGGUUCAAGCAGUUCAGUGUGCUGUUUGCCCUGCUGGAGCCCUGGGCUUUCUGCACCAACAAGAGUGUCCUCUCUCUUUGGGUGUUCCGCCUGAUUGAUGAGAACCAGGAUGGCCUUGUCAACUUUAAAGAAUUUUGUUGUGCCCUUGAUACUUUGUACACAGGGUCUUUCACAAAUAAGCUGAAAUUCCUCUUCAAGCUGCAUCUACCACCAGCUUUUACAGGUAGUCCUUUGUGCUCAAAAGAACAAAGACUCCAGCACUUUAUUCCAGUGACUGAAGACUCUCACUUCAGUAAAAACACUGCAUUUGAGCUUCCAGAAGAUGGCGUCAUAAGGAAAAGUCCUGAAAGAGGAAGAGGAAAAGUGGACCUGCAGGCUUACCUGAAGCAGUGGCAAAACGAAAUACUUAAGAAAGAGGAAACCAUCAAGGACUUACCGAGAAUUAAUCAGGCUCAGUUCAUCCAGUUCACAAAGACCCUGUACAGCAUUUUUCAUGGCAACCCAGAGGAGGAGGUUCUUUACCGCGCUGUGGCCCAUGUGACUAGCCUUCUUCUGAGGAUGGAGGAGGUGGGACGGAAGCUGCAGGAGCCGAGCAGUCCUUAUGAGACCACAAAAACUAACAGUAUCGCUCCCAAUGAGUCGUCACCCGAAGAUGCUUCGGAGAGCUCAGACACCUCCAGCUCCACCAGCUCUCAGGAUGCAAGACGUGUCCUGUCUGAGCUGGAAUGGUCUUUUUCUUUUGAGCAGGUCCUGGCAUCUCUUCUCAACGAACCAGCUGUAGUCGGCUUCUUUGAAAGGCCAAUUGAUGUUCAGGCCAAACUACGACAAGCCAAGGUUGCCCAACUGAAGAUAAAGGCAAAUAAGUAAAUGGACAUGUUCUGGGUUUGACUUCUGGUUCAAUCCCAGAUAUCGCUAAGAAUUGUUUUCAAGUUUGAUGAAGCAGUGCCAUUUAGUAUGGUAGUCUGAUUAAUUGCUAUCUCAAACCAAGAAGGAGAAAUUAGAUUUUAAAGGGCAGGUUGCAACAUGUCUCACUCUUCAGCCAGAUGAUGACUUUGCAUGAUGAGAUACAUCUUGAAGACAUUAAACACUGUUGUAACCGACAUCCACUGACCAACACCUUCAGUGCUUUUUUUUGUGUUGUUUUGUAUGUAUCACCUUUAUUCCAUUUAGUUUUUUAACAACAAAACGUGAUUAUGCAUUUUCAGUCAGUGUUGAUCAUUCUGUCAUGUAGCUAUUUUAUUUGGUCCUAUGCAAAGUGUUCAAAGAUUUAUAUUUGUAUUAGGGAGUAUUCUAUACUGUCCCCUAUACUGAGAAACAGGAGUAGAUUUUCUAAUGUUGUGCUGAGGUUUAACUUCAUAAAAAAAAAAGAUGACAUUUAGAAAAGCUGAUUAGCAGACCUUUUAGAGAUUUUCCAUGUAUCUUGAUACAAGAGGUGCUCACCUAAACAGAAUUUUGGACAUGAUCAAAAAUCAAACCAUAGCAUAACUGUCUGAAUUCAGUGUGCGUAAACUUGAAACACAACAUAACUGUAACCUGAGAAUUACUAAAAACCUGCAUGUUUCCAGUGAUAGUUUUAUUUUAACUUUCUUGUCACCAGUCAUAAUCUUGACUGAUUGGGUUGGUCAACAAUAUAGCUGAAUCUAAUCUAACUCCAAAUUGUAACAUUGAAGUAAGUGGGGCCACGAAGAGUUCUUGAUAUAUUUUGUUUUCUCAGAUUGCUUACUGCUGGUGUAAAGUGAACUGUACUGUAAAUGUUAAUGUUAUCCAUGAAUCUAUUUUCUCCCUGUUGUCCAAGAAACCUCUGCAUAUUUUAAGAAACACCAGCUUUUCAGCUAUUACAGGCUCACAUUACAGUAAGCAGGACAAACAGUUGUAUCUUGAAGCCAUAAACUGCUUUUAUAGACUACCUGAGUGUGAAUGCCUGAAUAAAUUCGGGUAUUAUGUAUUUGAGACAAUGUAGAAGAAAGGAUAGCAAAGUAGCGUAGCAGCAGCGCAUUACCUGUGUACAGCAGCGCAUCUGCAUGCUGUAAUAGCAGAACGCCUAGUAGGCUAACCAGUGGUGGGCAUGGCAAACCUAAAAGUUAGCUUCGAUAACUGCUAAUCUGCUAACUGAAAGAUUAACUGUGAUAACACUAAGCCACUAAUAUGUUCAGUUUAAGCUAUUGUUAACUGCAAAGGGCAGUAGGGAGCUGGCAUGUAUCCCAGCGUUCAUUGGGCCAGAGGCGGGGUACACCUUGGACAGGACGCCAGUCCAUCACAGGGCAAAUAACAAAUAUUAAUAAAUAAAAAUACAUUGCAGCAGUGUGGUGGCCAAGCGGUUAGUGCGCUGGUUUCCAGAGUAGGAGGCUUCUGCUUGCUCCUUCUCCAUGUAAUGUUGAGUUGCAUCAGGAAGGAUGUCUAGUAUAAAACACGCCAAAUCAACAUACAGAUCCAUAUCUGAUCUGCUGUGAUGACCCUUGCUUUAACAAGCAUGCAUCCAAAAUCCAUCGAAAUAAAAUACAUAUGGAAAAUAAGUUUAAUAAUCUGAUGAAUGCAUUUAUUCUGUCUUGAUCUCCUGCUCCCCCAGUCUUCAAAAUGUUGCUUUUGCAUCAUGUAUCAAUUUUACAUAACAGAUUAGCUUGUAAGCUCCAGCAGGAACCAACAUAAGAUUUUUAGCGUUUGCAUUUUUUCUUUACUGUUGCACUUCAUUCAAAGGCAGGCUUAGUAAUGAGCAGAACUGAAUCUAAUGCAAGCUAAUUGGUCUAGUUGUUUUCAGAGUUGGCUGAAACCUUACCUGCUAAUGAAACUGUUAGCUUUGCUAAUUAGCUGGUAGUUCAUUAGCUAAACUGUGUCCACCACUGCUAGUACUGCUAGUGCCACCACUCUGUACUGGAAAUAACUGUAAAACGCAAAUUGUUUUUUGUACAGUGUGGCUCAACUAAAACUGCAUGUGCCACCUGAAUAAUAACUUUAGGUAGAGCUCAUAGUCAUGAAAUUGUGUGGAAUAACUGUCUUGUGUGCAAUCUCCUCUGUGACGUGUUGUUUGCUUAUGUUCUAGUAUAAGAACAUGUUUUUAAGUACAAAUGCUCAGUCACCGCAAUCUUGUAGUGAUGAGAUUGAUGUGAUUGAUAACGCAAGAUAUGAUAUGAUCUUACCAAAUCUCAGGGUGCAAUUUGUGUAACAUAAAAAAGAAAAGGGAUAUUUUUCAAACUGGGACAUACACAUUUUGAGACAGUUUACCAUAGCCUGCAUUUUGUCUGUAACAUUAAAAUCCGCAGCAUGUGUAGCAUAGUUAUUAUAGGAUUGCUAUUGUUAACUCAACUGUUAAUGUUUUCCAGAAAAGCCAGAUAUGACCUGCAGUAUUUCACUUGCUCUUUAAAUGUAUAUGUAAUAUUUUUUUUGUCUCACCCGCUUAGCUUGUUCGUAUUUUCUGCUUUUUCCUCAAGCUGAAGAUAUGCUCAGAAAUUUUUAGGGGAGCUAGAUCGGACCCUCAACUAAAGCAAAGCAAUUUUUGAAGGUUCUUUUAACUAUAAAAGACAAUCGGCAUGUUUCUAGAAAUAAAAAUUGGCCUCAGGUUAUAUAUUCAAAACGGCUGCCUAAAUAUAAUGUUCUGUUAUUGUUUGUUGCUAUGAAGUACUUUGGGCCCAUUUUAAUGGUGGCCAUUUUGAAUGCCAUUUUGAAUUUUGUGUUUGUGAUGUAAAACUUUAGUCCCACAGAAAAGUUUAAAAAAAUUAAGUCUUAUGUCACUGAAUGUUAAUGAAAAAUCCUAUUUUGGUAGACAUUCUGUUCUUACAUCUUAUGUCUGGCUUAAGGCCAGGUUUUUUAUUUGUUUUUGUUUGUUUGGUUAGGGGUGGGGGGGACUCAUCCUGUUUUGUGGUUGUCUGAAGAACAAAAAAGAAAAAAUAUAUGUUUUUGUUGUUGGGAGGUGUAAAGGGGUUAUCCUAGCUUACCUAUUAAAAUGUCAAAUUGUGCAUUCCAUGUGAUCCUGGCUUAUUUGCCUGUUGCUUGUGGUGUUAGGGGCCAAAUUUGCCAAUUGUGUUCUUUAAGAUGCUAUUGAAGUUAAAGUGCAAUUCUUAAAUCUUCUCAUUUUUGUAUUCCUGCCAUGAACUUGCAAGUAAUAUUUGUGUCUGUCUUUGUUAAAAAUUGUUUCUUGCUGUGGUCUCAGUGUUUCAGUAUGAUUGUUGCACUGCAGUUUUGAUUAUUUGGUCAUAUAUUUUAAGUUGGAGUUUGUUUGUUUUAAAGCAAUUUGUUUUCCAGAAUCUAUUUUGAUCUCAUGCAGAGUAUAGCCAAAAUGCAAUACAUUAUAUAGGAAUAUACUUUGAUGAUUCUUAAUUGCAUUCAUCUGGUGUAAAUUCUGCAAAAAAAAUAAAUAAAAUGAUAAUUUUUGGGUAUAUGACCAAAAGCAUGCAGAUGAGAGUUGGAAGUCUUUAUUUUCUAGCACACACUUGCUUUUUUUGUAAACAUGAAAGUGCAUAAGGCCAGCAUGAAAAAUGCUCCAGCUACUGCUUAGUUUUUGAUGCAGAAGUACAAAUGUUUUACAGCUUCCACAAUCUGUCGCUUUUGAUUGAAAUUAUUUUUUUGCAACAUUAGGUAGAGCAUAUAUUUUAUGUGCUUACUUGAAUAUAAUUUUUCUCAGUUUGCAUAAUGCAUAGGAAUAAAGUGAAGAUUCUAUGAAUAAAUUGAUAUGGGUCAUUAUUGCUGCACAUCAUCUGUAAAGAUGAGACAAACUAGUGAGUAACCAUACAGUUGAUUCUACUGUGCAAUAAAUAACA